AUGCAGCCUCCGGAGAAGGGCGGGGCCAGCACCAGUAGUACCCUGAUCAGUCCGCUCGAGCAGACCACAACCACGCCGGCCUCCAUCUGCCUCCAGCCCGCGGGAUGGACCUCGGUUCAUCGCCAUACUUUCCUCCACACACCGGCUCGCUCUGGGGCCACACAGGGGAGCAGAAGGAUGGAGAGGCGGUGUGAGAAAGACAUUAUGGCUUCUGCGCUCAUCGUUGCCUUUUAUACCUACUGGUUAAUUCAGAGUGCCCCAGCCUUCCUGGUGACGGUAAAUGAUGAAGGUGUGAUCGCCGUGAGACUAGAGCCGUCAGAUUUACAAGAGAACAUCAGCUCGUAUGCGGCCCAGUUCAGUGGAGAGCCGCACAUCAGUGUGGUUCAAUUCGUGAACACCAGCGAGCCGCUUCUGUUCAACACUUCUCUCCAUGGAGUGUGUUACACUGUGGGACUGCUCACCAGACGAGGCCAGUACUGGUCCAAGCCCAUCAAGACCGCAUCUGUCCUCACACAGCCUCUGCCCUUGCGUAGUGUGCGGUUAUCUGACUAUAGGGACUCCCCUGAGACGGGAGUGGUGUUUCAGAUUGAUCCUCCGCCAGGAAACGUCUUCAGUCGUGUAAACAUCAGCUACACUGAAGGACAAGAGAGGCGCUUCAUGCUCUACAAAGAUUUCUUUAGGGGAAAGACUGUUUUUCGACACUGGUUACCAGGAGUGUGUUAUCGUAACAUCACUUUUCAGCUGAUCUCUGAGGCCACUGUGAACCAAAAUACACUGGUUACACGCAGUGACAUCACCCACACCACGCUGCACCACAGGACGGUGCCAUUCCCUCCUCUGAACAUAUCGCGUAAAAUAGUCCACCUGAGCCAGGGAGCCCUGCCAAGUCUAACCCCAAAGACCCAGCUGUCUGAUGAGAGCCUGCAGAUCCACAAACGUCAUAGUCGCGAGGCUGCAGCUCCAGAUGAGCCUCAACACCAUGAGAACAGUUUGGAUGAAGCUGUGUUGACCGUCACCUCUCUUCCCUUUGUUCUAACCUUCAACGCUACAGACUGGAACAACGUCAGCAGCACGGACACGACAGAGGAACCUCAGACUGAAGAUGCUGUUCCACUGGAUAAAGACGAGGACUUUGUCAAUGCUUUUGUUCCAGAUUAUGAGGACUCUAAUGAACCAGGCUCAGCUUUGGGUCUCCCCCUCGAGCCCUCUGUGCUGUCCACCAAACUGCCCAUCCUGCCCAUCCUGCUGGAGCUACGCUGGCUGCCCCCCCGACCUCCUACAGCUUAUGACGGCUUCAACAUCUACAUUUAUAGAGAUGGAAACUCCACAGAAACUGCCACAGUGGAUGAAAACACUCAUGAGUUCUUCACUGAGCUAACCGAGCCCGGGACGUACCAGGUGCAGGUGACCACGCUGAGCUCCUCUGGGGAGUGCGAGGCCAGGGAGAGCGCCACUGACACAGGCUUCACCUUCUACCUCAGUCCCAGUGGAGAGCUGCUGGAGGAGCUGAGGGAGCGUCCACAGAUGGUCAGUGUGCGGCUUCUGGACUCCAGCACCGCUGCCGUGUCCUGGGCCCCGUCCUCCGAGAGCCACAACGGCAGCGUGGUGUCAGUGAUGUCCACCACCUGCCUGAAGCCCAGCCCGAGCCAGCGCAUGGAGAACACCUACUGCAGCGAGGAAAACUCAACCAGUGACAUCAUCACCAGCCUGAUGCCUGGGGCCCAGUACAGGGUGGUGGUGUAUCACACGAACGGGCCGCUCCUCAGCCCGCCUUCUGAACCUGUCAUCAUUGAUAUCGAGCCCACAGGGGUGCGAGAGCUGGCUGUUUACCCCCUCAGCCCCACUGCAGUCAUUCUCAGCUGGCAACGACCGUACAACGUGGCCUUUCGUAAAUACGUGCUGCAGACGUUCUUCUUCAACCCUGUCACGCUGACCUCCGAGUGGACAACGUACUAUGAGAUCGCCGCCACUGCUUCUGUUAUUGCUUCUGUGAGAGUGACUGAUCUGCUGCCCGCUUGGUAUUAUAAUUUCCGUGUUUCUAUGGUGACAUGGGGCGACCCGCCGCUCAGCUGCUGUGAUAGCUCCGCGGUCAGCUUUGUUACAGCACCUGAAGCUCCUCACAUUUCAUCCGUGGAUUAUUCUCACGGUGUCCUGUACAUCCGCUGGACGUACGGGGAGCUCUUCAUUGACCUGUCGCACUCCAGGAUGCUCCACUGGCAGAUCGUGGCUGUUGGGAAAAAGGGCCCUGAGAAAAGCUACUCUAUUGAUGUCACGCGUAAUGUAAUGCGUGCCAGUCUGCCGCUGCCUCCCGGAGACAUCUACAACCUGACGGUGACUGCAUGCACCGAGCGCAGCAGGAACACCUCCAUGCCCAACAUCAUCAAACUGGAGCCGGCUCCUGCAAAGUCUCUGUUUGCCGUGAACGCCACUCACUCCUCUGUGACUCUGUUGUGGACCGAGGAGGGAGUUGUGGACUACUACCAGAUCUACUGCAAACCCAACAAAGCAAGCAAGGAGUUCAAGACCCGUGAGCCUCAAACCGUGAUCUCUCAUGUGGCCACGAUCUCUGGGUUGUUGCCCUCCUCCACAUACAACUGCACAGUUACCAGCUUCAGCUACAGCACUCCCAGCAAACCGGCCUCCAUUACCAUCAAGACCAUCGCUAAAGAAAUGAACCCCAGUGUUGCAGCUAUUUCUGCGCUGGCAGUCCUCAGCAUUCUUCUCAUCAGCCUGCUUGUGCUCUUCCUCCUUGUCCUGCGCAAAAAACAUCUGCACAUGACCAGGGACUGUGGAGCUGAAACCUUUGUCAAUUUCCCCUCAUUUGAAAGAGAUGGCAAACUUCCCUAUAACUGGCGAAGGAGCCUCUUUGCCUUCCUUACCCUACUGCCAUCCUGCCUUUGGACUGACUAUCUUUUGGCCUUUUAUAUUAAUCCUUGGAGCAAGACAGCUUUAAAGAAAAGGAAGUUAACAAGCCCGGUGCAGCUGGACGACUUUGAUGCCUACUUCAAAGAAAUGACUAAAGACUCGGCCUACAAGUUUUCUUUGCAGUUUGAGGAACUCAAAAGUGUUGGAUUGGACUUGACGCAUGAUGCCGCUGAUUUGCCAAUAAACAGGCCAAAGAACCGCUACACAAACAUCCUUCCCUAUGAUUUUAGUCGUGUGAAGCUCAUCUCCAUGCACAAUGAUGAAGGUUCAGAUUAUAUAAAUGCCAACUACAUCCCAGGUUACAAGCACGGGAAAGAAUAUAUUGCCACUCAGGGGCCGUUGCCAGAGACCAGAAACGAUUUUUGGAAGAUGGUCCUGCAGCAGAAAUCACCAAUAAUAGUGAUGCUCACACAGUGCAACGAGAGGAGAAGGGUCAAAUGUGAUCACUACUGGCCCUUCACAGAUGAGCCGGUCAUGUACGGAGAGAUCAGUGCGGAGAUGCUUUCUGAAACAGAGUCGCCCGAGUGGACCAUAAGGAAGUUCAGACUAGGAUAUGCGGAUGAAAGUCUGGAUGUGCUUCAUUUGAACUAUACUUCAUGGCCAGACCACGGCGUCCCAACAGUUAAUGCAAUUGAGAGCAUCCUGCAGUUUGUCCACAUCGUGCGUCAGCAGGCCAACAGGACCAAAGACCCCAUCAUUGUCCACUGCAGUGCUGGAGUCGGCAGGACUGGGACGUUCAUCGCCCUGGACCGCCUCAUGCAGCACAUUCGCGAGCACGAGUUUGUGGACAUCCUGGGAAUGGUCUCGGACAUGAGAUCCCACCGUCUGUCCAUGGUGCAGACUGAAGAGCAGUACGUGUUCAUCCAUCAGUGUGUUUUGCUGAUGUGGCAGAAGAAGAAACAGUCCAUCACUUCUGACGUUAUCUAUGAGAACGCGAGCAAGACAUAA